CUUUCUUCCACUCAAGACACUAACAGAGUCCAUCCACUCAAUUCUCUACGUUUUCGCCUCUCAUCCCCCCCCCACCAGAAUAAGUGCACAAUACCGACGUCUUUCAAUCCAUUUCUACCUGCUCUCCUCUGACAAACAAGCGUGUUGUCCAGUUUCGUACGGUGUACCCUAUACCAUGGACCCUUUGAAGAUUCUACUCGUCGGAGCAACUGGUUUCAUUGGUGGAACUAUAUUCCAAGAACUACAAGAAUCGACCUUCGGACCGAACGCAAAUAUCCAACUCACCAUCGCUGUCCGCCAACCAUCACAAGCAGAAAUAUUCUCCAACAAAGGAUUCGACACAGCCCUGAUCUCUGGACUCGACGAUGCCGACGGACUCGAGAACGCAGCGCGGGACCACGAUAUCGUGAUCAACGCCGCGACUGGGCAGCACUUCGGCGCACCCAAAGCCCUACUCCGAGGACUGGGGAAAAGAAAAGAGCAGACUGGACGCGACUGUCACUUUAUUCAUCUAUCCGGAACCACCAACAUCGCCGUUCCAGCCAUCACGCCGUCGCCCUACCAAUUACAGACCUUCUCAGAUGCAGACGACGACAUAUACGGCUAUGAGAAAUCUCGCAUCGAAAAAGAGCCCUACGCCCAACGCGUUACAGACGUAGUCGUCAUCGACGAAGGGCACCGAUUCGCCUCAAAAACGUACAUCAUCAUGCCGCCCACUGUAUACGGGAACGGCACCGGCAUGUUCAAGAAACAGUCCCACCAGAUUCCCACGCUGAUCCGAAGCGCCAUAAAAGUCGGCUAUUCUGAGUACAUAGGCUCGGGAGAGGCAGAGCUAGGCCACGUGCAUGUAACAGACCUCGCGCGACUGUUUGUGUUGCUAGUCGCGAAGGUAAGUGCGGGUGAGACGGCCCCUUCGGGGCAGCAGGGGAUUUAUUUUGCAAAUACGGGGACGCACCGAUGGGUUGAUGUUGCGGGGGUCAUUGCGAAGGUGGGGUUUGAAUUAGGAGUUUUAAAAUCAGCAGUUCCAAGAUCGAUCAGUUUGGAAGAAGGGGGGCAGAAAUUUGCGGACGGGGAUGUUGGAUUUGCGGAGGCGUGCUUUGCAUCCAAUUCGAGUUCCAUCCCGCAAAAGGCCUUUACUUUGGGUUGGAAGCCUGUCAACACAGAAGCAGACUUUCAAGCUUCGAUUAAAACGACGGUUGAGGAAGUAUAUCGUCGGGCGGUUUAGGGUUAUGUAUUGGUUGAGCGCCCGGUGGCCACAGAACCAACUAUAGACAUACUAAGAC